CCGCUAUCCUUUGCAUCGCUUUGGAGUAACCAGGAUCGAGAGGGUUCUGUAGUGGCAGGAUAGCUAUUCUCAUUGGUUUAAAUACAUCCAAUUCUUUGACAUUUUUAUUACACAUAAUACAUAGAUGUUGAUUUGGUGGCAGCAUAUAUUUCUCAUGUAGGGAUUUUGUUAUUGACACAUGCCGCUGUUGCAUUUCUGCACAGCUCAGCUCUCUGUGUGAGCCGUCGGUCUGUCAUUACAGUAUCUACAGUUUAUAGCCAGUAAUAAAACACAUCUUUCUUGACCCACCGAUCUGAUUUCUGGACUCUCAUCACUGCAUUCAAGAGAUGGACGAAGAAAAUCAAAUACCUGAGGAUCUCUCACUGGAAGAGAGAGAUGAGCUGUCAAACAUCCGGCGGAGGAAGAGAGAGCUGCUGGAUGAUAUUGAGCGCUUGAAGUUUGCGAUAGCUGAAGUCAUGACUGAGAUCGAGCAACUAACGUGUGUAGGAGAGAGUAAAAUGACACAGAGGAACAAACACAUUGCCAUGGGGAGGAAGAAAUUCAACAUGGAUCCUAAGAAGGGGAUCCAGUUUCUCCUGGAAAACAACCUUCUGCAGCACACCCCAGAAGACAUCUCUCAGUUCCUCUACAAGGGUGAGGGCCUGAACAAGACUGUCAUCGGAGAUUACUUAGGGGAGCGAGAUGAGUUUAACCUCGACGUACUACAGGCGUUCGUAGAGCUUCAUGAGUUUGCUGACCUCAACCUCGUCCAGGCCUUAAGGCAGUUCCUGUGGAGUUUUCGUCUACCUGGUGAGGCUCAGAAAAUUGACCGGAUGAUGGAGGCGUUUGCCUCGCGGUACUGCGGCUGUAACCCUGGGGUGUUCCAGUCAACAGACACCUGUUAUGUGCUGUCGUUUGCCAUCAUUAUGUUGAACACCAGCCUGCACAACCCCAAUGUCAGAGACAAGCCCCCUGUAGAGAGAUUCAUCUCCAUGAACAGAGGUAUCAAUGAGGGAGGAGACCUGCCAGAGGAACUACUCAGGAAAUUAUUUGACAGCAUAAAAAAUGAGCCCUUCAAAAUCCCAGAGGACGAUGGCAACGAUCUGACACAUACAUUCUUCAACCCUGACAGAGAGGGGUGGCUACUGAAAUUAGGUGGAAGAGUGAAGACCUGGAAGAGACGGUGGUUCAUUCUGACUGACAACUGCCUGUACUACUUUGAAUACACAACGGACAAGGAACCUCGUGGGAUCAUUCCUUUGGAGAACCUCAGUAUAAGAGAAGUGGAUGAGCCCAGGAAACCUAACUGUUUCGAGCUCUACAACCCCAACCACAAGGGUUCGUUGAUCAAGGCGUGUAAGACUGAGGCGGACGGCCGGGUCGUCGAGGGCAACCACACAGUGUACAGGAUAUCAGCGCCCACCACAGAGGAGAAGGAGGAGUGGAUCAAAUCCAUCAAAGCAAGCAUCAGCAGGGAUCCUUUCUAUGACAUGCUGGCAACCAGGAAGCGGAGAAUAGCCAAUAAGAAGUGAGGAGGAGCGCCUGGCCACACCCUCCCCAUCAUCAGUGACACCAGCAUAGACCCCCGGUCUGUCCAGGAGACCAGGGUGUCUCUUUCACUCAGCCCAGGAUACAUGGCUGCGCGGCCACAGCAGAGACCAGGGUAAGGGGAUCCAGAUGUCGUGGGGAAUUGACUUUGGAUGCUACACCUCUCCACUUCAUCAGCAUGGAUAAAGGACAAGAUGGGGAAGGGCACUUGAUAUUUUGGUCAUCAGUUUAUUUUCAGAUGUUGUAUGUGUGAAUACAAUUCACACAACUGUAAAUUCUAUGAAGUGUGAAUGUACAGUAUUGAGGACACAAUGAGAAACUGUAUGGUCUGUGCUUACCCAAUGUCCCCACACAGACUGAGCUUUCGUCAGCCAUAUAAGCAUGCUCAAAGAAACAUGGAUAUUGUUGCCCUCUAGUGGGUGAGUUGAGUAUGAUUUCAAUGUCAGAAGACCCUAAAUUUAUGAAUCAGCUGGUCUGAUUUUCCACCCCUGAAACGAUUGACACUAAUACAAUAGGGAUGGGUUUUUAUUUUUUUCAAUUUCUGUUUAACAAUGAGAUGCCCAUGCCAGAGAAAUAUCUCUAUGGUGAAGGAGAUAUGACUUGGAGAAGGAUGCCAUUUUGUCUUAGAGCUAUAAUACAUUGUCAUGUUUGUGGGACAGUUAUAUAAAGCUAGUUUAUGUAUUGAUUCAAAGUCCACCGCUAUAAAUCUUUUUUUUUUUUUUUCUCUAAUUACAAAAAUGUUUUUCAUCUAUACAUGUUUAUAAUUUGUGUUUCUGUAGCAUGUAAAAGUUAUGGCUAGCCUAUACCCGCUUAAAGUUGAGCAUUAAGAGUACAUACUGCAGUGGAAGAAACCCUGAUCUCCAAUUCCUCAGAGCAAAUGGAGGGGAAAAAUAGUCUUCAUAUUUCUAAGGUAAACAGAUAAUGACGUAACAGCCAAGCCAGCUGGGUUUCACAUGGGAAGGUGACAAGGUGAAACAACUCCUCACUAGGGGCUCUGACUCUAAUUCAGCUUUAAAGGCAACGUUCCUGCGUUAGCGGUGACUGCAUGUACGGUGAACACGUAUAUCGUGCAAUCUGUAACACUUCAGUGAUCCAGACUGAAGAGCGCCUCAAGGUUUGGAUCUACAACGCCCCAGGGUGAGACUGACAGAUCAGUGAACUUUCUACAGGUCCAAGUUGUGUAAAAGUUCACAUGAUUCUCAGCACUGCAGGAGCCUUUGAACUGUUGAGGAUUUUGAAUAAAAUAGAAUGUUCAGAUAUUCUCCUGUGUCACUGACAUGUGACUAUGAACUGAGUACCCAGGUCCUGGUUUGAACUCCCUCACUGUCAUUGUGUAACCUGAAAACAAUAUGAAAAAUGACCGUACGACUGUUAGCCUUGAAUCCAGAGUGUUUCAGUCUUAUCUGACGAUCUUAAAAGCAAUCAAUUAAACAAUCGCUCAUAUGCAAAAUCUUUUACCAAAAUUGAGAGAACGGACUUCAUCCGUCCAAUACAAAGGCAGACACUAUUCCCAUCGGUGUGUACAUACAUGCCCAGUUAAUCAACAGCUUUCACUCCAACAAACAAUGUGUGUAAACAAAGUAAGAUGAGUUACUUUGACAUUAGCAAAUGUAUUUAUGCCUUUUUAUAUACCUUGUACAAUGUAUACAUUUGACAUGCUAUUGUAGAACUAAAAACGUGUUAACAUGA